CACCUUUGAUAGGAGGUGAUUGAGUAGGACACUCCCCCACCCUCCCUCUUGCAUAAUUUCGAACCAACUAAGAGGAGGGAGCUCCAGAAAACUCUCUCAGCUAAUCCAUAGGGGGGAGGAAGCAACAACAAAGGAAAUCCAAGGAAAGAGGGGUUGUUCUUGAGGAGUCGAAAUCGCCGGAAACCGCCACAUAUAGGGAGCUGUUCGUAGUUGCAGACUACGAAAGCCGCCCGGCUUUCGUGAAAGCCGCCCGGCUUUGGCCCAGAAAUCCAGCUUUUCUCUUUCAAAAGGCUUAGAACGGGGAUUUAUCGAGGGGCUUAUCAAAGGCAACUAUUGUAGCACAUCACGAGUUUCAGGUAGGACUUGAAGGUUGCUACUGGUGCCCGUUGCUCGGGAUAUUCAGAGGAGAAGACGUGAAAUGGAACGUACCGGGAAAGUAACUAGAAGGAACCCGACUGACCGAGCACCGGGAGGAUCCGUGCAAGGUAGUAGAGGGGCUUCUAGGGCGUCCAGAGGACAGGUCCGUGGAGGCCAAGAUCAGACCGUGAGUGACAGUUAUGUUGAAACAGUCAACGAGUCCUAUGAGUCCGAGGAGGAUUCGACGUAUCAACCGAGAACUGAGCCGGUUGAGACCCCAUAUGAUGGGGAGUAUGAUGAUGCUAGUGAGGGGAGCGACGAUGAUGACGCUCUGGAAAGGAUGGAGGAACUACUCCGUCAAUUUCAACAGGAUCGCCAAAGGCGCCGGGCAAGGCGUGCUUUGGGAGGGGCUUCAAGAAGGGGAAGCCAUGCGGGUUCUAGGGAACAUGUAGAGUCCCGAGUAGAUCGAGGUGUCGAGGUCCCGAUAAUAAGGAUCUCGAAGUACCUCAAGGAAGCAAGAGACCUGGGGUGUAAACCGUUCGAUGGAACGGGAGAUAUAUUUGUUGCGGCGGAGUGGAUCAAGAGGUUCAAUGAAGCGGCCCUUGAUAUGCAGCUGCCGCCAAACAUGAAGAUGAGAGUAGCAACAAGGUUGCUAGAGGGGAUGGCGUCCACAUGGUGGGACGGUGUCAAAGGGAAGUACGGUGAGGCCGUAACUUGGGAGAAUUUCCGACAGGAAUUCUUCAACCAAUACUACUCCGACUUCGAGGUGAACUUGAAGAGGAGAGAAUACACCAACUUGACCCAAGGAGGCAAGUAUACCGUGAGGCAACUUGAGCACAAGUUCAGGGAGCUCGCGGAGUUUAUACCGGAGUAUGCUUGUGAUGAGAACCGGAUGGUGAAUCACUUUUGGGAUGCUUUAGACUUAGACGUGCGUGAACGGGCAACACAAUUGCCUAACAUGACGUUUAGUCAAGUGGUGGAGCAAGGCCUGAAAGGGGAGAAGGAAUGGGAAGAAAGAAAGCUGAAAAACGCCGAGGAGGCGAAGAAGAGGAAAUGGGAGAACACCGGCCCCCAAGGUUCUAGCAAGAAGGGGAACCACGGGGGAGGUGGGUCUUUCAGAACGCCCGCACCACCAUCUAGGGGAAACCAAGGCCCAGGAGGGAAAGGCUCGAGGUCGCAAGGCUCGGGCAUUAGCAGGUGCAACAACUGCAAGAGGAACCACGCGGGCAAGUGCCGCGAUCCCCCUAGGUGCUACCAAUGCGGGGAGACGAGGCACUUGACAUCAAACUGCCCACAACUUGGGCGAGUCAUGGGUGCAGGACCUAGCAGCGGGACUACGACAAGUAGGAACCGAGCAGGGGCACCUCACGCGAGCACGAUGCACGGAGGGCCAAGUACAAGCAACGCGCCAUCCGUGAACCAAGGCAAGACCCAGGCUAGGGUUUAUGCGAUGACGGAGGCGGACACACGUGCUAACCCGGACUCCGUGGCG